UAGUACGUUAAAAGUCUGGCUUCCGGCUUACUUGCUUCCUGUGAAAGAAACAUCCCCCUUUUUUGAUAAAUUUACUCAAAAAAACAUGUCUGGAUCGAAGCAGAGACAGAAGAACGCCCCUUCGCUGCUUUUAAGAGAUGAUGAGAAUGAGUCUCUGUUUGCUCUGCUAGGCAGAGGAUGCAUGACCCUGGCUACAGGUGUAAUACAGUUAUACCUGGCUGAGGCUCCCAUGAGACAGCGAUGGGGUAAGAGGGUGACCGGGAUUGCAUGCUUCAUCAAGGACAACCCCAAAAGGUCAUACUUCAUCCGCGUCUAUGACCUUAAGUCAAGACAGUGUGUAUGGGAACAGGAGAUUUACAACCAGUUUCGAUACAAGUCACCUCGAGACUAUUUCCAUACUUUUGAAGCUGAGACUGCCCAAGCGGGAUUGAAUUUUGCCAGUGAAGAUGAGGCUGCCAAGUUCAAGACCAGCGUGGAGCAGAAGUUACUGGAGAGACACAAGAGACGUAUGGAGAAGAGGAACCAACAGAAGUCGCAGAACAUUCCGAGCACCCAGGCUAGGCAGGCCCAGGUCAACAUUGCUCCUGUAGAGCAACCUACUCCAGCUGCUCAGCCAAUCAGCAGUAUCAACAUUUCGACCGGAAGUAACACCGUGAAGGAAUCAAAGAAAAACAAGAAAGACAAGAAGAAGAAACUGACCAAGGAGGACAUCGGGACUCCCUCCAACUUCCGUCACGUCAAUCAUGUGGGCUGGGAUCCAGAAAAAGGAUUUGAGAUGGAGAAACUAGAUGAUGACAUGAAGAAUCUGUUCUACUCUGUCGGAAUCAGUGACAACGAUCAGGUGGACAAGGAAACCAUCGACUUUAUCUACGAUUUUGUGGAGAAGAAUGGCGGGAUUGAACAAGUGAAGAAAGAAAUGAUGAUCCGGCCUCCCCCUCCCCCACCGCCCUCAGCUCAACCUCCACCGCCCCCAUCAAGCCAACAACACAGGCCACCCCCUGGGCCCCCAUCUAUGCCCCCUAGGGGCCCACCCCCACCUCCUGCUAGACAACAGGCUCCCCCACCAACGAGGCCCAUGAAGACCAGUAUGGGGGCUCCCCCUCCCCCUCAGAGGGAGAGACAGCUCCCUCCCACCCCACCAUUCAAAGGUCCUUCUAGCCCCCCACCACCUCCAGUGGGUGUCCCUAAUGCACCACCCCCACCCCCGGCCCCAGCACCCCCUCCUCCUCCCCCUGCCCCGGGGGCUCCACCUCCACCCCCCAUGGGAGGAGGGGCCGGUAGGGGAGCUCUGUUGGAGUCCAUUAGGGAUGGGACCAGUCUGAAGAAGAGCACUCCCAAUGAGAGCAGAAGUUCCGGGGGAGACGCCAGAGACAACCUGUUGAAUGCCAUCAAGCAGGGGAAGAAUCUGAAACAUGUUGAGCACCAGGCCGAUUCUCGCCCAGCAGUGGUGGAGGAACAAGGGGGAAUUGUGGGAGCUCUGGCCAAGGCCUUGGCUAGUCGCAGCGCCCAGAUCCAGGGCUCGGACAACGAUUCUGAUGAAUCGGACAUCGACGAUGAUGAUGAUGAAUGGGACGAUUAAAUCAGUUACAGAAGAGGAUGCGGAAUAUUAUUAUUGACUUCUACAUGUAUAUUCUAGUUAUGCUACUGUACUGAACUAAUAGAUGGUGGAGCUUUCUUUACUUGAUAUGGCAAUAAUUGCAUAUUUGUUAAAUUCUCAACCUGCAUGUGCAGUUGGAACUGUUAAUCACUUAUUCAAAUAUUCCAGAUUACAGUGAUCAAUAUAAAAUAUUUAUUAAUGGAAUAUAUAAAUUUAUUUUCUGCUCUUUUUAAUAUGCUUGAUUUAUCCUAUUUAUUGUUAUGUUAUUUUUGGAAAGUUAUUAUACACUUUUUUCUUUUUCUGUAAUGCCUAUUCCCGAAUAAAUCUAAUGAAUUGAU